UGAAGUUCUGCCUCGACCCACCCCUCCGAUUCGCAAACUUAUCUGCGUCUCCCGAUGGGAUUACAUAUGGAUGAUAUUCAUGCGCCGACGGUGGCUUCAGGCCCGGCCUCUUCAGGCUACUCAAAUGGCGUCCCGAAGCAGCAGUUGACGCUGAUCGAGCUUAUUGCGGAGAAGGACAGGGUGGAGGCAGAGCUCAAGGCGUUGGGACAGGUGCUGGAUUCUCAUGGAGUCAAUAUGAACACUACCCUGACGACCUUUGACGGCUUUCCCCGAAGUGAUAUCGAUGUUCCCCAAAUCCGGACUACGAGAGCGCGAAUAAUACGACUGAAGAAUGACUAUAAAGAUCUCAUGGCUCGAAUUGAAAAGGGUCUUCACGAGCACCAUGCACGACUCGCCGAAAGAGCUCAGAACACCGCUGUUCCUAGUCAAGCUUCUCUUGCAAGCGGCUCCGCCGCGACAGCCCUUGAAGCACCUUUCGCUAAAGUCAACAGUGUUGUUUCUGGAAGUCCGGCUGACUUUGCAGGACUGAAAGUGGGAGACAGCAUCACUAAGUUCGGUUGGGUCGACUGGACGAAUCACGAAAAAUUAAGUCGGGUGGCUGAAGCUGUCUCACAGAACGAAGGACUGCCAAUCACUGUCAAAGCGCUGCGUCUUAGCGCCUUAGGCGGUCCGUCGGAAUCUAUCCAGAUGCAGCUCACACCAAGGCAGAAUUGGGGAGGUAGAGGUAUGCUGGGCUGCCAUUUGCUUCCACUGUAGUCUUUGUUGGGCUGGUUGAUGAAAAGCAGCCGUUUGCUGCGUGGCAUGCAUGGAAUGGAGCACUCGGUUUGGUCACCAAUAGCAUGAUACCUCGGCGUUCA